CCGGUCGUUGAUUUCUCAGUGGAACAAAGAGAGGGAACUUCGUGAGCUUUAAGUUUGCUCUGAUCUAGGCUUUAUUGAACUUAAAAGUUUCGUGUUUUUUUUGGGAGACCGGUGUGAGCAUGAGUUGUCGUUGCACUCGAAAGCUGACGAUGGCCAUGAGCGGCUGUGUGAUUAUUUUGGUGAUCGCCCUCACCGUCGGUCUUUGUGUGGGCCUUGGCGGCAGCGAGAGCGAGGGAGUCCGCGAGGAUCCGCCCAAAUUCACAAUCGACCAUGAGUCCAACAGCUUUGUGCUGAAUGGCGAACCAUUCCGAUAUGUCGCUGGAUCGUUCCAUUACUUCCGGGCGGUGCCCGAGGCCUGGAGGAGUCGAUUGCGGACUAUGAGAGCAUCUGGUCUGAAUGCAGUGGAUACCUAUGUGGAAUGGUCGCUCCACAAUCCCCACGAUGGGGUCUAUAACUGGGAAGGCAUUGCCGAUGUUGUGAAAUUUCUAGAGAUUGCCCAAGAGGAAGACUUUUACAUAAUACUGCGUCCUGGUCCCUAUAUCUGUGCAGAGCGCGAUAAUGGUGGCCUUCCCCACUGGCUAUUUAAGAAAUAUCCCAGCAUCAAAAUGAGAACUAGUGAUAGCAAUUACAUGGCCGAAGUCGGUAAAUGGUAUGCAGAAUUGAUGCCACGCCUGCAGCACUUGCUGAUCGGCAACGGUGGCAAGAUCAUUAUGGUGCAGGUUGAGAACGAGUACGGCGACUACGAAUGCGAUAAGGACUACCUGAAUUGGCUGCGUGACGAGACGGAGAAGUAUGUGAAUCGGAAUGCCCUGCUCUUCACAACGGACAUACCCAACGAACGCAUGAGCUGCGGCAAGAUCGAUAAUGUUUUUGCCACCACGGACUUUGGCAUUGAUCGAAUUCACGAGAUUGACGACAUCUGGACAAUGCUUCGUAAACUGCAGCCCACGGGACCACUGGUCAAUUCGGAGUUCUAUCCAGGAUGGUUGACCCACUGGCAGGAGAUGAAUCAGCGACGCGAUGGUCAAGUGGUGGCCGAUGCCUUGAAGACCAUUCUGAGCUACAAUGCCAGCGUCAAUCUGUACAUGUUCUUUGGCGGCACCAACUUCGGAUUCACUGCCGGAGCUAACUACAAUCUCGAUGGAGGUAUUGGCUAUGCUGCAGACAUCACCAGCUAUGACUACGAUGCUGUGAUGGACGAGGCUGGCGGCGUGACUAGCAAAUACAACCUGGUUAAGCAGGUGAUUGGUGAAUUUCUGCCACUGCCCGAGAUCACGCUCAAUCCCGCCAAGCGUUUGGCCUACGGCAAGGUGGAAGUGACGCCCUCGCUGGCCCUUCUCUCUGCAGAAGGACGAUCUGCCCUGGCCAAGGGCGACCCUGUGGAGUCAACAAAACCAAAAUCCUUUGAGGAACUCGAUCUGUACUCCGGUCUGGUGCUGUACGAGACAGAGCUGCCCAGCAUUGACCUCGAUCCGGCUCUCCUGAAGGUGGACCAGAUCAACGAUCGUGCCCAUGUCUUUGUGGAUCAAGAGCUGGUAGGAACACUGUCCAGGGACGCGCAAAUAUAUUCCCUGCCAUUGAGCAAAGGAUGGGGCAGCACGCUCCAGCUACUGGUGGAGAAUCAGGGACGCGUCAACUUCUACAUCUCCAACGACACAAAGGGUAUUUUCGGUGAAGUGAGUCUCCAGCUGCACAAUGGCGGCUAUCUCCCGCUAGAGAACUGGAAGAGCACUGCAUUUCCCCUCGAAGAGGUGACCGUAGAGGCCUGGCGGAAGAAAAGCGGAGAACGAGCACUGGAUGCAUUCUUGGCCAGGCAACGAAUCCUGCGUAAUGGACCCAUCCUCUAUACGGGCAGCCUCAUGGUGGAGGAGGUCGGAGACACCUACCUAAACAUGGCUGGCUGGGGCAAGGGCGUGGCCUAUGUGAAUGGCUUCAAUCUGGGCCGGUACUGGCCCGUGGCGGGUCCCCAGGUCACACUCUACGUACCCAACGAGAUCCUCAAGGUGGGAAACAACUCUUUGGUGAUUCUGGAGUAUCAGCGGACGAACAAGACCGCAAAUGGUGAGGAUCUACCCGCUGUGCAAUUUGAUGCGGUUGCUCAAUUGGAUGGACAGUCGGGAGAUGUGCCUCUCAAGUGACGUUCCCUUAAAGGAUAGAUCCUAUUAUAAUUAUAUUACUGAUAGAUAUAGGUACUGCAGUUGAAUAAAUGGUUUUAUGAAACUUAGAACA